UUUUCCUGGGGGAAAAAAAAUGGCGGUGCAAAAGUGAGGGUUUUGACGUCUUGGCAGGAUCAAUGUUUGUUUAAUCUUUAUGGUGUUGAUACCUAGGCACCAACAGGCCACAUGCUCCCCGUCUACAAACACAUUUGAAAAGGAGGACGAUGUCUGGUGUCUUUCCAGGUGAGAAUUUCAAAGAGUGAGAGAGACCAUUAUCUAAAUCAUCAGCUAACCAAGUCGCUGAAGAGAUAAAUAAUUGAAUGUUAUCUGAAAUUAAUAAAAUCAAACAAGCAUUCCUUAAUUUUAAGAAAAUACUAUCCAUAAUAUGUGAUGUGUAAAAGGAGUUGAAAUCUCACGCUAAUUUUAAAACCGACUUUAAACACACACACACACACACACACACACACACGCACGCACGCACGCACGCACGCACGCACGCACGCACACACACACACACACACACACACACACACACACAAAUGCAUGUUGAUAUUUAAAAUAGGUGAUACUAUUUUCUAUAUAAAAAAUAGUCUCCAUUCGUUUCUUAAAACAUACAGAGUGGUUUUUACGUUAGGUUGUUGCUCACACCUACAUUGCUUCCUUUGAGGCUGCUGUGGCGCCAUGUGACACGCCUCUUUUUCGCGACUGUUUUUCGCGUGUACAAAAGCUAACGCCACAGAAGCUGAAGCUUUCUUCAGCGGCUAAAACAGUUUUUUUUUGCUACGUCUUAAAAGUACGAAAACAUUUUUAAAAAUGUCUGGCUCUCCUAAUGGUAAGUCUAGUUUUCAUUAACAGCCAUUUUAAAUCAAAUUUGUUAAUGUGUGAUCACGAGUCAUCCCAUUACUUGACAGGCAAUUUGAUGUUCUGUGCACAGAGCAACGGUUAUGAGACGAUUGUGAACGAAAUCAAAGCACUGAACGCGGGCGCACGCCCUCCACAGCCUAACGUUGCGUACGAGGUACCGGGGGUUAGGACUGACAUCACACCCGCGCCCGCGAGCGCACAGUCGAUUAGUACGGUGAAGGGCCGAGUCGCGAGAGAAAACAGGGGAUCGCUCUCUUGUUUAAGACAACUUGUUAACCGGUACCCGUCCGUUACAACUGCGGAACGACAUGAAACAGCAAACAGUGCUAGACACGGAACACCAUUAGGAAGAAGAGUGGUUGUGACAGCGCAGAUCCAUUCACCACCGCAAAUAUCUACUAAUUCUACACCUGUUGAUUGUACGGGGAGUUUUGCAAACAGUAUACCUCAAGCAGUUGCUGAUGCAGGUGUUAGAAGACCGUGGGUAAAAUCAAGAUCACACCAUGAACACCAGAAUGUGACUGCUCUCCCGGUUCAGCCCGAUAGACAAAAGACUGUAGACCCCUGUGAGAUCGACGUGAUACCUAACACCCCCGAGCGAAAACGUCCGAGACAAUCAACUCAACCAGAAGACAAGGAGCUCUGGGACGAGCAUUUUGCCCAAGCAUGGGAUGGAUGCGAUAUGAACGUCCAAUCUAAUGUGGAUCAGGAGAAGAAUUUAAAUCAACCCACAGACACUGUUGAAAACGUCGCCGAUUCAGAUGAUGAUGAUGCAGACAAGCUUCCUUCAAACCAGGAGGAAUACAAGAACCAGCAGCUGAACGACACAAACAAUGACAUUUUGAACACUAUUGUCAAGAACCAAGAAAGAAUUAUAGAGGACCAAGCACGUCAUAAACAGCAGAACGACGCAAACAAAGCCAUUUUGGACACUGUUGCCAAGAACCAAGAACAUCAUAAACAGCAGAACGACGCGAACAAAGCCCUUUUGGACACAGUAGCCAAGAACCAAGAAAGAAUUAUAGAGGACCAAGCACGUCAUAAACAGCAGAACGACGCAAACAAAGCUGUUUUGGACACUGUUGUUAAGGAGCAGCAGAAACAAGGGAUCAUCCUUAAACAUAUUGUUGCGUUACUAAAACGUCAUCAUGGUGCACAUGCUAAGACGGCCUGUGAUCAGGAAAUGACUGUAACGCUGUUAACUGAACUGCUGGAUCUUUUUAAAUAACUGUAUUGGUGAGUCCUAUUUUCUUUACCCAGUUUUUUUUUUUCUAAGUGUGUAUUAUUUUUGUCACAAGUGUGCAUAGAUGUGGUUUUAUGAUUAGAUUUUUUCCUUCUUCUACGUUUAGUUGUGUGGUGUGUAUUUUGUGAAUAUUUUUAAAUAAAUUAGUGUUAGAAAUGGCUGCAAAACGUUGUCGGGAGUCAUGUGAUGGUGAACAAGAUCCACCGUUAAGGGGCAAUAGGGAUGAUAAUUUCCAAAAUCAACAAAACACCACAGAAAAGCUACUCAGGCUCAUACAGACUGUUGAUGAGAUGAAAAAACACAAACCGUCUAAAUUGUUAAAAUUAAUAAACAGGGUACAAUCAAGGGCAGAGCCUCCUCCAGAACCGGUUUUUGAUUUUGAACAGUUUUUAAACUCUCAACAGCUAGACGAAGUGUCAGAACCAGUUUUUGAUUUUGAACAGUUUUUAAACUCUCAACAGCUAGACGAACUGUCAGAGCCUGUUUUUGAUUUUGAACAGUUUUUAAACUCUCAACAGCUAGACGAAGCCCCCGAACCAGUUUUUGAUUUUGAACAGUUUUUAAAUUCUCAACAGCCAGAUGAGGUACCAGAACCACGACCAUAUCCAAUUUUUGAACAGUUUUUAAAUUCUCAACAGCUAGGUGAGGGAGCAGGUACCAGGUCACAUCACACACUUGACCUAACAGACCCCUGCAUGGGUCUCACUCAAGCUGAAAUAGAAACACUUGUAAGAGCGGGUGGCGAUGUGGCCGGAUACUCUGUAGUACCACGAGGGCGAUUCAAUGGUUUGGAAAUCCGCAGGCUUAUAAAUCUAAGGGAAAUAUCUUCUACACGUCUAUCAGACUACACUGUGUUUUUACAUGACACGUUUUCCGAAAUAGUGGCGUUUUCCAGAUUAUUAGGUGGAGAUGGUAGUUUAAUUAACAUCACUUUGAGCGGUCCUAGCUUGACAUCUGAUGUUAAUACACUCUUGUCAGCUAACAAUGAUUACAGUGUCGAUCUCUUCAUCAGUGAUCUUGAAAAAAUCAUGCAAAGCAACACAGAUGUACAGUUUGAUGAGUGUUUAAAUUUAAAAGUGUCUAUAGCAAGAAGUAAACAAGGAGGUGCUCGACGAAAAUUAAGGGAACUAGCCCACAAUCAGGUGAUUGAUAAGAACAGACUUAAUUUGUUCGUCCCCUCAAACAUUGCAGGGGAAAACAAUCUUUGUUUUGCAAUCUGCUUAGCACACUUUCUUAACCCUCAGAAACCACACACUGAGUUAGUGUCCGUAGCAUCAGCAUUGCAGGAGUCUGCAGGAUACACCGAUCAGCAUAUGAUAUCACUUAAGGAUAUUGCCCAGUUUGAACGUAUGUUGAAUAUUAAAAUAGUGGUCUUCUAUAGAACGAAUACAGGAAAGCUGGAGAAAUAUGCAAACACAGAUGUACCGCAUCCUAAAACAGUGUUUUUGUACCUGCACGACAAUCAUUAUUUUAUGAUUAAAAAUCUGAAGGGGUUCGUAGGCACACCAUACGUGUGUGAGUAUUGCUAUCAAGGGUUUACAGCACAGCGAGAUCACAGAUGUCAAUACACUUGUGAUGUUUGCAACGAUUCUGAAUGUCAUCUUUACCCCAAAAAAACAAAACACUGCGGUGACUGUUUGAGGUACUGUAGGUCAGACUAUUGUUUUCAGAAGCAUAAAAAACCGCCUCUAGGUCAGAAAUUUGCACAGUGCGACGUUACCAAAUAUUGUGGUAAAUGUAAUAAACGUUACCACGUCAGUGGCGUCAACCCCAAGCCACACAAAUGUCCAGCGGAUUGCUGUGUUCACUGUAGUGAGGUUUUGGUUACCGACGGUGUGCAUCAGUGUUUUAUUCAACCGGUUAAGGUGAAGGAGCCAAAUAAUCGCUACAUUUUUUUUGAUUUCGAAACUCGUUAUGAAAAUAACAGACAUUUUGCAGUUUUUGUAUAUGCGAUCACGUUUGAGGGAGAAGAAUUUUCGGCCGAAGGUUCUGAUUGUGUAGAUCGUCUCAUUAAGAAAUUCAGACAGCCUCGUUAUAAUAAUUACACAUGGAUUGCACAUAAUGCAUCCGGAUUUGAUAAUUUCAUUCUUUUGGAAUACUUCACUAAGAUGGGGAUCCCUCCUAAAAUUACAAUGCAAGGGUGUCGUCUAAUCCAUAUGUAUGACGAGGCAUUCAAACAGAGAUUUAUCGAUAGUUACAGUUUUAUACCCAUGCGUCUAGCCAACACACCUGCUGCUUUUAAUCUGACCAACUCUGUGAAGGGUUAUUUCCCACAUCACUUCAACCGUGUUGAAAAUGAUUCAUAUGUCGGACCAUACCCUGCUAAAGAGUUUUACGGAUAUACGACUAUGUCAAACAAAGACAGAAUGGAGUUCGAUGCAUGGUAUAGUACUAUCUCCGACCAAGUGUUUGAUUUUAAAAAAGAACUAGCAAUUUAUGGAAAAAAUGAUGUCGUUCUGCUGAGGGAUGUAUGUAUGAAGUACCGUGAUGAAUUCAUUCUGUGUACAGGGUUGGACCCUUUUAAUUACACCACUCUGGCAUCCACCUGCAUGGCUAUCUAUAAAACACACUAUCUCCCAAAAGACACAAUAGCACUGACACACAACAGCGCAUAUAUCAAUCAGAACAAAACAUACUCGAACGUAUCAAUUGAAUGGCUUGAAUAUAUCAGCAAAUCACGUUCAGUGGUUGUUCAACACGCUCUAAACUACGGCGAGGUGUCAUUCGGCAAGUAUUAUGUAGACGGUUUUUAUAUCGAUGGCACAAAUAAAAAAGCAUUAGAGUUUGCCGGGUGUUUUUUUCACGGUUGUGAACAAUGUUAUAACCCCAAUGAUUUAAAUCCAUUAUUGAAGGUACCUUACGGUCUUCUCAAAAGACAGUUUGAUGACAAGAUUGAAAUUUUACAGAAUGCAUACAAUCUUCAUACCGAGAUUCAGUGGGAGUGUAGCUGGACCCAUGCUAAACAAUCUGAUGCCGAUGUGAUUGCGUUCAUGUCCGUCUAUAAACAUUCUGAGAGAUUGAAACCCCGCGAAAGUUUGUACGGCGGUAGAACAAAUUCAUUCAAGUUGUAUCACAAGACAACAGAGGGUGAGGUCAUACGGUAUGUGGAUUUCACAAGUCUCUACCCGUUUUGUCAGGCCACAAAGUGCUUCCCGAUAGGUCAUCCCCAAAUAAUUUUCAAAGAUUUUGAUAAUCUUGAAAAUUAUUACGGCCUUGUUAAGGCUACAGUACUACCACCUCGAAAGCUGCUUCACCCUGUACUACCCUACCGCGCAAACAAAAAAUUAACUUUCCCGCUCUGCAGGUUGUGUGCAGAACAACAGAACCAGACACUACCAUGUAUGCACACAGAUGAGGAAAGAGCCAUCAGUGGUUGCUGGGUAAGCAUUGAAGUGCUAAAAGCUAUUGAAAAAGGCUAUGUUGUGGUAAAUUUGGAUGAGGUAUGGCAUUUUCCCCAACGAUCAGAUACACUGUUCCGUGAUUAUGUUAAAACAUUUUUACAGUUCAAACAGGAGAGCUCAGGGUUUCCAAAAGAUGUGGUGACCGAUGCAGACAAAGAAUCUUAUAUCAGAGAUUACUUCGAAAAAGAAGGGAUUCAGUUGAAUGUGGACAAGAUUGAACCGAACCCUGCGCGUAGAUCGAUAAUGAAAUUGGUCUUAAACUCACUCUGGGGACGGUUCUGCCUUCGUGAGGGUUUACCUAAAACUGAAAUACUUACAGAUCCGGAACAAUUUGCACGACACAUUUUUAGUGCAGAGUACGACAUCAGACAUUUCUCAUUUGUGUCAGACACUGCGGCAAUUGUACAGUGGUCUUACCCCGAAGGGAAAGCCCCCCAGACUCGCGAUGUCAAUGUCUUUAUUGGUGCUUUUACAACUGCCCAUGCGCGUUUAGAACUCUAUGAGCUUAUGGACAGGCUGGGUGAUAGGUUGCUUUAUUGCGAUACCGACAGUGUUGUUUUUACAACCAGAGAAGGUGAAUAUGAACCGCCACUAGGUCCAUAUCUCGGUGAUCUUACUGAUGAAGUCGGGCCCGGCGAUCAUAUUACCCUCUUUACCAGCACUGGCCCGAAAAGUUAUGGUUUUGUCACCGCUAUGGGUAAGGUUUGUAUGAAAGUGAAAGGCAUAACACUUAACGCUUUAAACUCCGAAGCCAUCACAUUAGAUUCAAUGAUUGGACUUGUUAAGCAUUAUGUGAAGGGGAGGGGUGAUAGCCGUCAUAUUCUUGCACACAACGACACUAUUGUGAGGGAUAAAAAGGAUUUGACGUUACACAAUAAGUCAUUUGUAAAGAAAUUCAGAGUUGUGUACGAUAAGCGUGUACUGCUCCCUGACUUCACUACACUUCCAUAUGGCUUCUGACAACGUUUUUGGUGGGGGUGUACAUGACACAGAAGGGUUUGACAUUCGACUCCAAUGUCCUUUUUCACUGGU